UGCGCGUGCCUUUCCUCCCCAGCGAUGGGUCUCCUCCCCAGCAAAUGGAACAAGACCAGGCGACUAUCUUUUUAAAAGACUCCAACAUGACGCCACCCCGUGCCCACCAACAUCUCAUCUUGCCAGCCGCCUUCUUCCAUUUUCCCCCCUGCUAAGGGGGGGGGGAGGAGAGAGAGAGAGAGAAAAGAGAGCAGAAAGGGGAAGCAAUUUUUAACAGCCUUCCCUCUCCCAGUCUUCUUUGCACCAAUUGCUCACCCAUACCUUCCCCCUUCCCCCCCCAAAAAAGGAUGGAUCCUUCUUUUGAGCAGAGGAUGCCGUGAAGCUCCAGAGUGUCAUCUGAUGGCCCCAGAAGCAGAAUCUACUCUUUAUCAUUGCUUUCCACCCCCCUCCUCUCUUUCUCUCUGCAUGUUGGGUGUUUUUUUUCCAUUUCUUACUUGGUUUCGUGUUUUGCUUUUCUUAACAAAAAACCAAAAAUCCCCACAAAUUAUUAUUUUUUUGGUCUGGAUCAAUUCCUCUGCCUGGUGUUGGCGGUGCACCGCUGUGAUGUGGUCGACCUUUCGCUUGGAUGGCUUGAGUGGAUCGCAUGAUUUGCCCUAGGAAUCUUCCUCUUCUGCCUACCUGCCGAUCUUUUCUAUCUAUCGAUAUAUGUUGGACUAAUCCGAGGAAGAAGAAGAAGAGGAGGAGGAGGAGUUGGAGGAGAGCGGGGUGGAAAGCAAAAGACCCAAACAGACCAACAAACCAGCCAGAAGGUUCAGCUUGGAUAAGAAAAUAGAGGAGUGCAUUUGUGUAUGCUUGGAAAUUGGGGGGGCCAGGAGCCUGCCCCCCCUUCAGGACUGCAGAUCGGUUUGAAGACCUUGUACCUGACCAUCUCUGACCUCUAUAGGAAAAGCUGGCACCCCUUUCUCUCCUUUUUCAUUUUGGGCAAGGGGGUGGGGGGUGGCCUGGGGGGUAGUGACACAGCGGCUGUCCAUUUCCAGUUGAUGUCCAUGAAUACAAACACCAUGAUAUUUAUGAUCUUGGGGGCCUCAAUUGUUAUGGCAAUUGCGUGCUUGAUGGAUAUGAACGCACUUUUGGACCGAUUUCACAAUUAUAUCUUACCGCAUUUGAGAGGUGAAGACAGAGUCUGUCACUGCAACUGUGGAAGGCACCAUGUUCAUUACGUCAUCCCCUACGACGGAGACCAGUCCGUGGUGGAUUCGUCGGAGAACUACUUUGUGACUGACAAUGUCACCAAGCAGGAAAUCGACCUGAUGCUGGGACUCUUGCUGGGAUUCUGCAUAAGCUGGUUUCUGGUGUGGAUGGAUGGAGUGCUCCACUACGCCGUACGGGCCUGGCGGACAAGCCGACGGUAUGACACCACUUGGUCUUGGAUUCCAAAAUUUUGUAACUUCAAGGAGUUCAGGAAACGUCACCACCGGCAGUAUGACGAGCCGACCGGGAACAUGGUGCACAUCAAACAGAAGUUGUACCAUAACGGGCACCCCAGCCCCAGACACCUCUAAGAAACCCAAGACUGUCAAGGGGUUGUAGAACUUGGUCUUUUUGCCGUCUGUUGAGGGGCCCCGCCUGUUCCUCAAUGGACGCCACUUUAAGGACUUGCGUUUAGUUACCCUUAUCGGUGUGUGUCAGCCCGGCACACCCAGAGAAUGCACAAUCCAAUCCUGUCCCGGCUGCGAGGCUCCCGGGACGUUGCACUGUGGUUACCAUUUUAUUGGUGGACUCCUGUAUAUAUGUAAACAAAAAAACAAACACAAAACGGGAAAGAGAAUUUGCAUUGUACUUCCGCAGCCCACCAAGCUCCUCGAUGGUGUGUCCUACAACGCCGAUGUACCCUUUUUGCGUUUUGUUCGUUAUUUAUUUGUUUUAGGGGGGUUUAUUCUUUUCCGGAAAUCUGUUGUUGUUCAAAGUCUUCGUAGGUGAGUUUGGACAGAAGAUGUAAUGUUUAGCCUAAAGUGUGUCCAUGUCCCUCACCCACCCCCAGCCCUGCCGCUGCCGCCACCCCCCAGACCCUUCCCUGAUGCAGAACGCGUCUCGUUUCCAGUUGCAGAUUUGGCUUGAGGUUCAUAACGCCCGGUAGCUCUGUUGCGUACAAUAGACGGCGCCCCGUCUUGGUUCCUUUGGAAUCAAGUUGCUAGCUUAGUGUCACGACACCCUCUCCCUCCCCAUUUUUACAAUUUUGUUCUGUUUUUUAAAUUAAUGGGAUCUGUAGUUCAUCCUGUCGGAUUUUUUUACUAGCUCGGAAGAAGCGACCGAUGCUGGUUUGCCGUGGAAAAAAAAGUUGUUAGAAGCCAGGCGGAAGGACACCGGCUUUUGUGGAAUGUGUUUGAGGGCCUGUUGACGCUUAUCUCUGACCAUGUCAGCCCCCUGGGCGUCUCUGUCAACUCUUCACAUCACCCUGCCUUGAGAAUGAUUUAUCCCUUGAUAAAUGUUGCGUCGCUAAUGCGUUAGGAGCUCAAAAUGCAUCGAUUCCCAAA